AUGAACGCCCUUUGGUUCCUGUCUGCUCUCACCUAUGGUAAGUAAUGUCUUUCAGAAUGGGAAAUCCUCUAGAAAAGGGGCGGGUGGAGUUCAGCUUUCUGGGAACUCCUUUGGUUUUUAGUACAGCCCCAAACGGAAUUGUUUGCAGCCUACAAUUAUUGGAUGAAUUACUUAGCUCACUCUUAUUUGGCUGCCUUAUUUGCCCAGACAGGCGCAUUAUGUGGCCCAUGAGAGCAGCAAAAUAACCCAGGCCAAAUCUUUAUUGACAGCAGCAGGCAGGGCAAGGGUUGGCAUGGCAUUGGGUCCCAGGAUCAGUUCAUCCUUCCACCAUGUUGAUGGGAUGGAUCUGCCAGGUUUGGACCGCUCCAAACCUGUCCUGUGGGUGUCAGCCUGUGUUGAACCUUGUUGUGGUGUAAGCCAAGCAAGCAAGGUAUCAAUAGGUGACCAGGCUGCAGAUUCCAACCAGGCAGAAAUCCAUCCCAAGCUUGGGUUUGCCAUGGUCAAUCCUCCCCUUAGCCCUACCCCCUACUAUGUUGAUCCUGCCCAGUGCCAUUUCCGCCUACAUAUAAACAACGUUCUUCUGCCUAACGAAGGCCACAAUUUCACUGAAGGAAAGGUGGAGAAAAACCAACCAAGUGCCAAUCAGAUUACAGAGAAAAAUUCCUUUCUGGCCCUGUCAACUAGUGACCCAAAAUUGCUCAGUGAAGGCUCUAACCCUUGCCCAGUUUUUUGCUUCAGUCUACGGGCCACAGCACCACCAAGCAAAGGCAUCCUAGGCGCAUAGGGUGAGGAACGGGGCUUAGAUGGGAAAAGUCAUUUUGCUGUUGCUUGGGUUAGAAAGCUUGCCAAUUUAAUGAACCAGAGAGCUGUUUCCAUUUACCUUUUCCCCAGUCCUGCUCUAGAAUAAUUCAGGAAACUAGAGCACGGGAAGUCAAACAAAAUAGUUUAAUUUGGUACUGAAAAAUUGGCUUUUUUAAUUGUAUUGUAAUUUGGUAUUGUAUUAAUGUGACUUUUAUUGGAUUUUUAUAAAUGGAAAUUAAUAAAAAUUAUUAUAUGGGGGGGGGAAUAAUUCAGAAAUCGACAUUCCUUGUUUGAUUUUUCUUUCCUCUGUAAGCGGCAGCCCUAUUCUGCAGACAUUUUUAAAAAGUAUACUGAAAAGUCAGAAAUGGACAGAAGUCAUAUUUUGAUUAAAAAAUGAAUACAGAGUGUAGCCUCUCCUUCUUGACUUCUUUGACCAGUUGUCCAAAGCCAUGUUAUUUCUUCUCUUUGUCUUCCAUCUAGCCUAGAGAGUUCAGGAGACCUUUCCUCCUUGACUGCUCACUGGUUUUCUUGGCACUUUUAGGCCAGUCUCCAAUCUCAUUUGCUUUCCUCCACCACCCAUCUUCAUAGCUAUGAAUUUCCCCUUGUUCACAAGUAGGCUCUUUACUCCCAAAGGGCCUCAAGCUUCUAUUUCUGCGUCUCAGGUCCAUCAUUGGGAAUGACAUGGUUGUUCACCAUUUUUAGAGCAGGAUGCUGCUCCUUCCACCGUUUACCACUUGAUUUGGCCGUCUGUCUAUUUUGUCUUCUUACUCCAGCAUAAACCUUGUUUCUGAACCCUCAAGGCUUGGAGAGGUCUUUGAGCAACAUUUUCUAAAUAAAUAGACAUACAUAGCAACUUGAUGAUGUGUUCUUUUUUCCAGGACUUUUGUUGCUUAAGGAAAGCACCUGCUGGACAUAUCAUUAUUCACUUGAAACCAUGAAUUAUACAGAAGCUGAGAAAUGGUGUAAAACCCACUUUACCCACCUGGUUGCGAUUCAAAAUAAGGAGGAAAAUGAGUACUUAAACAAAGAGAUCCCUUAUAAUGGAUCGUACUACUGGAUUGGGAUCAGAAAAAUUGGCAAUGUGUGGAGGUGGGUGGGAACGAACAAGGCAUUGACUGAAGAAGCUAAAAACUGGGCAAAAGGUGAACCAAACAACAAAGGGAAAAACCAGGACUGCGUGGAAAUCUACAUCAACCGAAUACAAGAUGCAGGAAAGUGGAAUGAUGAACGUUGCAGCAAUAAGAAAAGGGCUUUGUGCUAUACAGGUAUGGGAUGGGAUCCUUCUGACUAAUAUAUUUGCCUCUAAAACAGCUAGAAACAUGUUUGGCAGAUCCUACUGGCUUCUGUGCAAGAGAGCAUCUUCUUGUAUUGUGUGGCGUGCAGACUGCUGAAUGUUCAGGGAUCGUCCACACUUUUUAAAAUUUACUUCAUUUGUUCCAUGCCCUUAUUGCAUGGGUCUGAGUGGUUUCCUGCUUGUCCCAUUCUUCCUAGGCACAGGUCCAAGAGGUUUUCCGUUUGCAUCACUGCUUUCCCCAGGAAAACCCACUUUACCGCUGAAUUGGAAUAAACGUCAGUCCCUGGGAAACCCAGCUGAUAUUUGCUCUGAUUCAACGAUAAAGAGGGAAGAACCCUAAAUAGUCGCAGGCUUGCACCACAGUUCCACUGUUCUCUAUUCAGUCUAUUCACUCUUCAAUAUCAGCACUAUAAUAAUACUACCUGCCUAUGGGGUGUAAAUGUAAUAUGGGUUAGGGACAGAAUGUCAGUAAACGCCUUUUGAUCAUCAGCGGAGUCUUUCAGUUUGUUUGUUUAUCAAUAAACUAAUAAACCGAUAAAGUAAUAAAAAAUAAUAGUAUGUUUCUUGCUCAAACUGUUGCUGGUGUCUGUAAGCCUGAGAUGACUUCAAGAGGGCCAGUUAGUUAAGCUGUCCAUUUUACUCAUUUGCACAAAGUUUGCAAGGGGGUUGUGCAAAGUCAGCUGUUCCUUGUUCUGAUUUGUUCACAAGGAGGUCUUAACUAAGGUUACCAGAUUUCCUUGUUUCCCAGGGACAGUCCCUGGAUUUUCAAAUCAGUCCCCAUACAAAAUCCAUUGAAGUUGAAAAGUGUUCCCGGAUUCAUUGAAAAAAAUCUGGUAACCGUAGUCUUAACAGCUGUUAAUCCCACACAGCUGUUAAUCCCCUUAUCGCAAAAAGUAUGAUGUUUAUUUUUAUCGGGUGGUGGGAGCAGGUUUGCUGCACAAGAGCAUAUACAUCCACCUCAAUUUUGGAUAUAGCCAUCUGAUUUUGCUGGUGUGUGAUUGAAUCCCAUUUGCAAAACAGCAACAGUGUGGAAGUGGCCUAAGCUGGGAAAAUAAGCACAGGACAACUGUGCCGAUGACACCUUGUGAUAGCCAAGUGAUAUGCAGUGGUGCAGUGCUCUAUAGUGAAACCAUAUCAAAGACUGGUGAAAAUAAAACUUUUGCAUAAAAGGAAGAGAAUGGAGAACCCUCCAGUAACUCCAAAUUGUGGAUUUCUCUGUUCUUUGCUGCCUUGUGGAACAUGUUCCCCCUUGGACCCACAGAGCAGAAAAAGAUGGGCAGCACCCAAAGGGCAUGAGGCCAAGAAAGAGGAUGUGAAGCCUGAAGAUGUGGCCUACAUAUGAUGCGAUAUUAAACUCAAAGUGGUUUAAUGCAUCAAUGUCUUCAGGGCCAAGAGCCUGUUCCACUCAAUUGUUGUAAUAGUUCAUUUAAAGCAUGUUACAUAUGAUGGGGUCAUUUAUAGCCUGUUAAUUGUCUUGCAGCCUCCUGUAAUCUGCAUUCCUGCAGCGGCCAUGGCAAAUGUGUGGAGACCAUUAAUAAUUACACCUGCCAGUGUGAUACAGGAUUCUACGGGCGCAAUUGUGAACAUGGUAGGAUUAAUCGUAUAGUUCUUUUUCAAACCGGGCAAUUCAUCUCUAACCCUGUAGCUUUAAUGCACGUUGCUUGAAACAACGGCCUUGCCUAACUCCUUGCUUGUUGUGUUCCUUCUCUAUAGUAAUUACCUGUGACACACUGAAAAACCCAGAUCAUGGUACCUUAGAAUGCAGCCACCCAGUGAAGGAUUUUAGCUACAACUCGUCUUGUCAUGUUCAAUGCACCGAAGGCUACAAAUCCACCGGACUGGAACCCGUAUUGUGCACCGAUUCUGGAAACUGGUCUGCACCCACCCCUUUGUGUAAAGGUCAGUGAACUGAGCGAGUCCUAAAUGAAUGAAAACUAAUGCAGAACCUCUUAGCUUAACCCUAGAAGUGAUGAGGGAAGUGAGUCUUCAUUAGCCAUACAGCAUCAAAAUCUUUGCUAAGUUGGCAAAGGACAUUGUUUUGUGCUAGAUUCUGUGGGAGUUGUGACAAUACAGUCAUACCUUGGAUCCCAAACACCUUGGUACUCAGACGUUUUGGCCCCCAAACACCGCAAAACCCGGAAGUGAGUGUUCCAGUUUGCGGACUUUCUUUGGAACCCAAAUGUCCGACAAGGCUUCCACAGCUUCUGAUUGGCUGCAGGAGCUUCCUGCAGCCAAUCAGAAGCUGUGCUUUGGUUUCUGAACAUUUUGGAAGUCGAACGGACUUCUGGAACGGAUUCUGUUCGACUUCCAAGGUACAACCCAAUAGGAUAGCCCAAACCACCUUCAAAUCCCAAGUUCUCUUUCUCUGGGGGGUGUUCCCUGAGACAGCCAAAAUGGCACCACACAUACUUAAGAGGUGAGGAAUCAGGCAGGCUUGGGAGAGCCCUAAGGUUUGUAGCAGUACAAACAAAAGAAAACAACCCACAUUUUAAAAAAUUAAGGGAAUACACUUCCCCAAAACCGGCCCAGAGUAUGUUCAAAAGCCACAGAACAAUGACUUGGUGUAGGAAGGGAAGAAAUGCAAGCAGUGAAGAUGGAAUGGAGUAUCUGAAAACUGUGUGGGUGGGUGUGUUUUUGUAAUGGAGCAACCUAGAAAAGUGCUUGGCCAGCUGGAACCCUGAACAGGAGCACUCCACACAGCAACAAUUUGUUUCAGGUCCCACUUUUAAAUUUGUAAUAGUCAUCAAACUGGAAAAAAUUGUCACGUCUUUGGUAGUUAGGUGAGGAAUCCAUGUUCGGCUUCAGGUACCGUGUAUCUUAUGGACUGGAGAACAAAGACAAACCUAAAGCAUUUUGAUUGCAUUUCUAGUUGCGGAAUGCCAUGCGCUCCAGACACCUGCUCACGGGUUCCUCAACUGCUCCCACCCCUCUGGGAAUUUUGCCUGGAAUUCGUCAUGUGAGUUUGGCUGUAAAGAUGGCUUCGCUUUGAGUGGCUCCAGCAGGCUGCAGUGUCAGGCAUCUGGAGAGUGGGACGGACAACAGCCAGCCUGUGAAGGUACUAGUUUUGUUCCAUUGCCUUGCUUACCUUCACAGAGCUCAUUAUAUUUCUCUGUGCGCACACCCUGCCCCCCCAACACUCUCCUGUUAUGUAUCUGGAUUAACCAAGGUCACGAUCUGUGUCUGUUUCAGCGGUGAAAUGUGAAGCGGUACCUUCGCCUGAAAAUGGCUCUGUGAGUUGCUCCCAUGUGGACGCAGAACUGACCUACAACUCAACCUGUGAUUUUGUAUGUGAGCAGGGCUACGCCUUAAGAGGAUCGCCUCAAAUUCAGUGUUCUUCCGAGGGACGCUGGUCACAGCCAAUCCCUGCAUGUGAAGGUAGGAUUUCCUAUCCACGGGAAAGAAAAUGUUCUGGAAAAUCUGCAGUUAUGAUUUUUAUUCCAUUGGUUUAAAUUGAGCUGAAUCCCACUCAUCUCUCUAACUUGUUAAUCUGUUAAAAUGGUUUGUAAUGAAAGCUUUCAACACAUCUCUGGAAAUACCGUAUUUUUUGCUCUAUAAGACGUACCAGACCAUAAGACGCACCUAGUUUUUGGAGGAGGAAAACAAGAAAAAAUAUUCUGAAUCUCAGAAGCCAGAACAACAAGAGGGAUCGCUGCGCAGCGAAAGCAGCGAUCCCUUGUGCUGUUCUGGCUUCUGGGAUAGCUGUGCAGCCUGCAUUCACUCUAUAAGACGCACACACAUUUCCCCUUACUUUUUAGGAGGGAAAAAGUGAGUCUUAUAGAGCAAAAAAUACGGUAGUUGUUUUGAAAGAGCUGGAAACAGGCUGGCUGGCCUGCUUCUGUUCCUACUAACUGAUUCUGGCCCCUGGUGUUUUCAAAAACCAAAUCAGAAAAAGAAAGAAAGCAUUGUGAACCACUGUUCCUUUACGUUUCUUUCAAAUAGCAGUCAUGGGAGGGGCAAUCCAGAUCAGAACCACAAGGUGAGGCUUUUUUACCAUUUUGCCAAUGGGUAAAGGAGCCUUCCUCCCCAAAGCUGCUAUUUGUCCCAGGUCAGAAGUCCCACUUACACAUCUAAAGGCUUAUCAAGACUUUCUACUGCUACAUUUUAGCUCUAACUAUUAUAAAAACAGGUAUUGCCUUUCACGUGGCAAGAUAUAUUCAAGCAUGGAAGUGUUAAUGUGUAGUUCAGCCCAAAGAAACAUGGGAAUACAGUGGUACCUCAGGUUAAGUACUUAAUUCGUUCCGGAGGUCCGUUCUUAACCUGAAGCACCACCGCCGGAGCCCGAUUUCUGUUCUUAUCCUGAAGCAAAGUUCUUAACCUGAAGCACUAUUUCUGGGUUAGCGGAGUGUGUAACCUGAAGCGUAUGUAACCUGAAGCGUAUGUAACCCAAGGUACCACUGUAUGUUUUCCCAUAGCAUGCAGGCCCUUCACACUCCCUGCCCAUAGUAGUGACGACUGACCUUUCAUUAAUGCAACUUUACAAUUAUGAGCUCCCCACCCCAACUGAAUUUCAGAGUGAGGGAAUCUUGCUGCUCUCUAGCAUCUUGCCUCUAACAGUAGAGUCUAACACUUUGAAACCUUCAAGCCUCCCAGUCCAUUCACCUGCAGCUCCCUUUCCCAUCCACAAAAGCCUAAGCCCAUCUUGUCGCCAGGUAUAUUUUUUCUUGUUACCCCCAAGACAGAACUAAUGCAGAUGAAUAUGUCAUUUAACAGCUGUGGAGUGUAGUGAACUGAAACCUCCGGUUCAUGGCUUCUUGAACUGCUCUCACGCUUCUGGGAAUUUUUCCUGGAAUUCAACCUGCAAGUUUGCCUGUUCAGAAGGGUUUGUUCUGAGAGGGUCCAGUGAGCUCCAGUGUGGUGCCUAUGGAGAAUGGGAUGGACAAAAACCAGAGUGUGAAGGUACUAUCUCAUUUGGGCCGUUGCCUUUGUCUGCCUUACAGGAUUAUUUUUUUCUUAUUUCCGGUGUCCCAGUGACAUGCAAACUAACCGUAAGUUUCAACUGUCUCUUACAGCAGUGAAAUGCGAGGUGGUCCAUCAGCCCGAAAGGGGCUUUGUGAAGUGCUCCCACCUGGAUACAGAUCCAAGCUACAAUUCAGUCUGCCAAUUUAGUUGUGAGGAGGGCUACACCUUGAGAGGAUCAUCCAAAAUUCAAUGCACAUCCAAGGGACGCUGGUCAGAGCCAAUUCCUGUUUGUGAAGGUGAGACUUAAGCCCAUCUCGACACAUUUCCAAAUCAGUUUGCAGAUACUUUGAAAUAAAAAGCCCUCAGGAAAAUUCAUCAGCAUUGUAGUAUGCAUUUCUCCUAACAUACCAUUUUUGUGUACAAUUUUGCACAAUAUAUUCAAGAACUACCGUAUUUUUUGCACCAUAACACUCACUUUUUUUCUCCUAGAAAAUAAGGGGAAAUGUCUGUGCGUGUUAUGGAGGGAAUGCCUACGGGUGGCGGGGGGGAUCUGCUGCAGUCAUGAGCAAAGGAUCCAUGGUUUCCCUUCCUUCCCUCCUCCGUGGCUCGCUUUGAAACAGCAAAGUGGGAGAAGAGCCGCUGAGUGGGGAGGAGAGAGAGACAGAGAGCCUGCUUCUUUAAAGGAGCAAAGCGGGAGAGGAGAGGAGCCGCUUACACGAGUGUAAGCAGCUCAUGUCCGGUUGGUUCCUUUAAAGCAAGCAGGCUCUCUGUCCCUCUCUCCUCCCCACUCAGCUCGCUACAUAGCAGCAAAGUUUUUCAGCUUGCUAAGCUGGGGAUGAGCGGGGAGGAGGGAGAAAAGCAGAGCCUGCUUGCUUUAAAGGAGCAAAGUGGGAGAGGAGAGGAGCCUUCUCCCCUUAUACUCCUCUUCUGCAUUAUUAGCAGCAUCCUUCUCCACCUACCCCACGCGUACUCCUUCUCCCCUUAAACCCCUCUUCUGCAUUAUUAGCAGCAUCCUUCUCCACACACCCCACGCAUGCUCCUUGUCCCUUGAGUGCUUUUCCUUCCCUCCCCACUUAAAACGUGGUUACAAAGAUUGGAUUUUUGCAUUGGGCUACUCCAAACUCACUGUCAGAUCACAUGUCUGUGGCCACAGCAUGAACCACAAAAAUCAUACAUCCACUGUUUCGUUUAGAAUAUUUUUUUCUUGUUUUCCUCCUCUAAAAACUACGGGUGCGUGUUAUAGAGCGAAAAAUACGGUAAUAUAUGCAAGAGCCAAUAAAUGCAUAGAUAUUUUCACUAAUAAAUGUUUUUAUCAAUAUUUUUUUGAUAGGAGACUUGAAUCACAAAAUAUAGAGGAGGGGAAAUUUUGAAGGAUAGCUUUGUUUCAGUUUGUGUCUUGUUUUGGGAAAUGCAAAUGAUGUAGGAUUGCAUUUAAAUCAGAACCAAACCAAAUUUCUCCCCUGUCUGUAGUAGAGUUGUAUCUCAGGCCUAUUAUUUAUUUUGCUAUAUUGAUAGUCUGCUCUUUAAUUAUAUUCCAAGUGGCUAGUUCAUACAAGUAGCAAGAUGAGCAGGCGAUCCUGUUUCUAGACUACACUACUUUAGUUUGCUGUUACAUGAAAAAUAGAUCAAUGUUCACAGAAACUUGCAGUUUACUAAACUUGAGUGGAAUCUGCACACAUACAAAAAAUGCUCUGAAAAUGCUUUUUAUAAAAACAUUUUGGAAAAUGUAUUGAAUUUGCCAUAGCUCGCUGUCACCAUCUAGUGACACAUUUGUAUAUUGCACUUUAAAACUCAAAACGUUUUAUUCGCAGCUGUAUAGCUGAGUCCUUAGGUUAAUAUCUGCAUCAUUGUAUUUCAGCAAUACAGUGUGAAAUACUGACACCCCCUGAGAACGGCUUCUUGAAUUGUUCGGACCCUGAGAGACAUUUUGUCUAUGGCACAAUUUGCGAGGUCAGCUGUACAGAGGGAUGGGUGCUGAAUGGUCCCCACAGACUCCAUUGCCUGGCUGCAGGAAACUGGACGUCAAGUCUUCCCACAUGUGGAGGUAUCCACUCACUCAUCUCAUUGCUAUCCUUUCUUGUAGUGCCAGCAGUGUAGAAGAGACCUUUGAGUGAUCUUGAAAAUCAGAGUGGGAAAAGGAAGCAUUUUUAGAAACACAUAAUGGAGGGUCUAGGGACACGGGUGGCGCUGUGGGUUAAACCACAGAGCCUAGGACUUGCCGAUCACAAGGUCGGCAGUUCCAAUCCCCGCGACGGGGUGAGCUCCCGUUGCUCGGUCCCUGCUCCUGCCAACCUAGCAGUUCGAAAGCACGUCAAAGUGCAAGUAGAUAAAUAGGUACCGCUCCGGCGGGAAGGUAAACGGCGUUUCCGUGCGCUGCUCUGGUUCGCCAGAAGCGGCUUAGUCAUGCUGGCCACAUGACCCGGAGACUGUACGCCGGCUCCCUCGGCCAAUAAAGCGAGAUGAGUGCCGCAACCCCAGAGUCGGCCACGACUGGACCUAAUGGUCAGCGGUCCCUUUACCUUUACCUUUUAAUGGAGGGUCUCUUCUGAUGCAGCUCUCUGAAGAUGGUUGGAUAGGGGAAACGCUUAUAUGAAUUAUGGGAGAUAAGGAACCAGUCGUAAACAGGAGUUUAUCCACGAGGGGGAAUCCUGGUAACAUGGUCCCAGGCAAAGCGCUGCUAUGGAGGAACUAAGGAGAGAUUACAGAGGAACAGAAGUGCUGAUUUGAAGCUUCCUGUGCUAUAAGCUCUGACAGCUAUAAAGUAUUACAAGAAUAGUGAUUUACUACUGAUUUCAUUCUCCUUUUUCCAACUUCAGCUCCUUCAGCAUCUUCAAGAAACGUGACAAUUGCAGCCACAGUCACUUCAGCCUCGUUGUUUUCAAUAGGAUCGUUCCUUAUUUGGCUCAUGAAGCGUUUUCGGAGGAAAGGUGAGAUAUUUCCCUCAUCUGUUUGUUACCAGGCUACACCUAGGACUCGGGUACACAGUUUUAAAUGCGUAGCAAAGUGCAAUAUACAAAAUGUGACACCAGAUGGCGACAGUGAGCUAUGGCAAAUUCAAUAUCGUUUUCAAAACGAUUUUUUUUUAAAGCACUUUCACAGGGUUUUUUUAUGUGUGUGUAGAUUUCACCUUAGUUGCACUCAAAGGGUUGAGGCAGAAAUACGGAGUAUAAUAGAAUCACAAAACUGUAAAGUUGGAAAAGACCCUGAAGGUCAUCUAGUUCAACCCCCCCCCCCCCCAUGCAAGAAUCUCAACUAAAGGCAUUAACACUUACCUGAAUCAGAGGUUGCCAAUGCACUUACUGGUCUCUCCUAUGACACCCAUGAAAGGUCUCAGUUAAUAUUUCCUCAAUAAUCCACACUGCACAAGAGGCAGGUUGCUUUUUCUGCUCAGUACUUGUUUGCACUCACACAGAGCCUAGGGCUUGCCGAUCAGAAGGUCAGCGGUUCGAAUCCCCAAGACGAGGUGAGCUCCCGUUGCUCAGUCCUAGCUCCUGCCAACCUAGCAGUUCGAAAGCACGUCAAAGUGCAAGUAGAUAAAUAGGUACCGCUCCGGCGGGAAGGUAAAUGGCGUUUCUGUGUGCUGCUCUGGUUCGCCAGAAGCGGCUUAGUCAUGCUGGCCACAUGACCCGGAAGCUGUACGCCGGCUCCCUCGGCCAAUAAAGCAAGAUGAGUGCCGCAACCCCAGAGUCGGUCACGGCUGGACCUAAUGGUCAGGGGUCCCUUUACCUUUACCUUUAGGCAUCCUUGUAUUAAACACUCUUCCUUAAACUUGCCCACAUUUCAUGGGAUGCCAGGAGUGGAUACCCUCCGUUCUAUUCUGAACAGAGGAGAGGUGCAAAAAGUGUGAUGUAAGCAAUGUGAUGGCCGAUGUAGGGACCAGUUUUCCCCAUUGAUGGGGGUGGGGCCUGGUGGUGGGGCAGGCCUGCAUAAUAUUGACGUCCUCUCCGUUUCUGUGACUGGUGCCUUACAGCACUUUCUCAGAAUUCCACAUGUGUUCACUGACCCAAAAAGUCUGGCAACCCCCGAUUCACACAGAAUUCCACAUAUAGCCCUAGUGUGUAAAAGAGUGCAAGAGGCCAGGUCGAAUGUGUCCAUCUUAGUACAGCUAAGAAAGUGGAAUAUUAGCAAAAUAACGUGGAGGCAGCUCCUGGGAAUGUGGAAACGUUUCCCUAGGUACUUGUGCACAGAAUUGCAGCCUUGGUCUCCAAAUACUAAUACUUCCUCUUCUUCUUUUGCAGCGAAGAAAUUUUCUCCUGCCAGGUACGUUGCGUUUCAAAACUUAUGUGGAAAAUUCAAAGUAAUAUUUUCUUUACAUAGCACUGUUUUAUGGCAGAGUGAUUUAUUAAUACAUGCAUUUUUAAUUUCUGUUUUGCAGCAGUUGCUACAGCGUGAAUUCUGAAGCUACUUUUGGUCACCUGAUUUAA